AUGCGAGAUGCUCCUUCGGAAUACGAGAGUCUGCUCUCGUUUCUCAGAGGACACUGCGACCACCCAGAAGUCGUCUUUCGAAAGCUGUUUUUUGGUCCCAUAGAAGACUUGACCUUGCCAAAGCCUCUACCAGCGCCACAAGCAUUCCAAGAAGACGCCGACCUGAUCUGGACGCGAUAUGAUGCCAUUACUUUGUUACGAGGGAUACAGUCAUUCGUCUCACAGGACAACCCGACCAAUUCAAUAUACCGUAUGUGCGAAUUCAUCUGCGCAGAUCAACCCAAUCAAUUGAUGCUUGAGGUGAAAUAUUUUUCGAAUCAAACAACGUGGAGGUUAGAAGAAGUCUCUGAUCCGCUCGACGAUAACUCAGAGCGACGCGCCAUAUUCGCUUGCAUAGUUGAGAGUCUUGUCGUGGCUUUUAACUAUAAAGCUAGUUUGGGAGUGAUGCGUAAAGGAGUGGUUAUGACUCAAUCAAGAUGCCCGACAUGGGUCUCUGAAGUUGGCGCACUGGAUCGGCUAUUAAUUUUAACUCAAGUUGACGAGUGGGUGUUUGCUGGAUCGGAUGAUCCCUUCUCAAGGCGAAAUAUCAGAGCCAACGCGGGAAAUAUCUUCUCCUUCUAG